UAUUUCUAUAAUCGAUUCCAAAAACCGGACGAAUCUGCUGAAAGCUUCAUUUUGUCAGUGAAGUUGCAGGCAGAGUUAUGCAAUUUUCAGCAGUUUAAGGAAACUGCAAUUAGGGAUCGAUUGAUAAUGGGGCUGCAUGAUCGGGAGUUGCAAAAGUCUUUACUAAUGUCGGAGACACUGACACUAGAUGCAAUUGAGAAGAAAUCGCUUAGCUGUGAGGUAGCCAACAGACAGACCAAAGCAAUGAACAGUGAGCCAAGAAGGGACGAAGUGCAUUCAGUGAAGAGCAGACUAGGUAAAAAAGUUGGUGAAAGUAGCCGGGACUAUGGGCGUGAUAGAUCGGACAGGCAAUACAGGGGCCGAAUUGUUAAUAGGAAUGAAAAUCGAGUUAGUUUCCGUGGUAGAUCUCCGUCUGAGUCCAAAAAUCGCAAUGCAUACGCUAAUGCAAUUUGUAAUUAUUGCAAAAAGCGAGGACAUUUGAGAAGGGACUGCUAUAGUUUGCGAAAUCGAAACUCGGUGUAUCACGUAGAGAAGGUUGAAAAGGACACUAGCUAUGAUUUUAAACGGUCAGACGGGCAUGAUAGUUCAGGUGAAGAAACAGAUGGAAUGGAGUGUUUGAUGAUUUCCACCGUUAAUAAAAUUAAUGAACCGUGCAUGAUUAAAGCAAAAGUGCAAAACUGUAUGCUGAAAAUGGAAAUUGAUUCGGGGUCAGCUGUUUCUGUGAUCAGUGAGGCCGACUGUUGGAAAUUUUUCAACGCUAUUCCAAUACGCAGCUCUAGCAGACAGCUGAUUGUUGUUGAUGGAGCACGCUUGAGGAUUACAGGAGAAAUUUCUGUACAGGUUGAAUUGAACGGGUCAAUAGCAAAGCAAAAGCUUGUAGUUUUGCAGUGUAGCAACAGUUUUGUUCCUUUGAUUGGAAGAUCAUGGCUUGAUUGUUUCUUCCCUGGAUGGAGAUCGGGUUUCACGAGCACAGCGAUGGUGAAUAGUCUGAACGAGAAGAAAGAUUUUUCAGAACCUAUCGUAGGCUAUGAGGGGGAACUGAUCCUGAAGCAUGAACAACCGAUUUUCAAGAAGGCGUAA